GGGUGCUGAAGUGGGAAGGGCUGCGUUUCCUACACGGGCUUUCGAGAUUGUACUAGAUUGCGUCUGUCCCUACAAGAAACACAAACCCCCAUAUUGUUUUAUUUGCAAGAACGAUCACAUUAAACUGCAGAAAUAGCUGUAAAACCCAGCAGUUAUGGGGGGAAUCAGCAGCUCGCGCCACGUUGCCUUUGACUCGGACAAUGAGGAGGGGAUUACAUUCGUGAAGGGCAUUCGGCUGUCAGAACGCGUGAUUGAUCGUAUGAGGGAGUCUCCAAGUGUGGCGCGCCUGCAAACUUCAACCAAACUCUCACGCACCAGCCCUCCUGUUGCCCCUCAGGUUGAGCAUUCACCCCCUGGUGAGCGCCACGUACCUGUAAUGCCUCAUCCACCGUCAUACGCCAGUACUUUGGUACCUCCACUCUCAGAGCCGAUAACACCAUUAGUGCCCCUUAUUCCUGUGACUGAAGAAUCACCUGCACCACCUCCAACUGUACAGUCUGCCCCAUUACCUGCUCAACCCAAAGGUCUUUUGACUCCUCAACCAGGUGAUGAGAAUGCAGUUUUAUAUCCACCUGGUGAACCUGCAUCUGUAACCCCACCCCAACCUGUUGAUCCACCUGCUGAACUUAUAAACGUACCCUCGCAAGCAUCUAGUAAAACAAUAACUGAUCCUCUAUUUGUGGAACUAACCAGUACACCUGCUGAGUCCAUAACGUCUACUACUGUGCCUGAAACCCACCCUCCACCUUCACUUGUUGAAGCAAUAACCUCUAAACCUGUCAUAACACCUGUAGAACCCCUGGAUGUGUCUGCAGAACCCAUCACCAUGCCUGUCGAACAUGUUGUCCUCCCUACUGAAUCUGCAGAUAUACCUGUUAAGCUUGUAACCCCACCUACUGAAUCUGUAUGCACAGUUGUUGAAUCCGUAGCCUCACCUUUUGAAUCUGCAGUUGUACCUUCUGAAUCUGUAGCAACCCUUGUUGAAUCUGUAGCCAUAUCUGUUGAAUCAGUAGACACACCAGUUGAAUCUAUUACCUCACCUGUUGAAUCUGUAGUUGUUCUUGGUGAAUCUGUAAGAACACUUGUUGAAUCUGUAGCCUCACCCGUUGAAUCUGUAGCCUCACCCGUUGAAUCUGUAGCCUCACCCGUUGAAUCGGUAGCCUCACCCGUUGAAUCGGUAGUCUCACCUGUUGAAUCUAUUGUUCCAUCUGAACUUAUCGCCACACAUGGUGAAGCUGUGGAUGUACCCUCACCAUCCACUCAACCCGUUGAGCCUGUAGACAUACCUGAAGUCUCCACUUCACCUGUGACACUACUGUCCGUACAAUCACCUCCACCUGAGAAUCCUGUAAGUGUACCGGAAUUAAUGUCUGUUGGGCCUGUGGCCUCACCCUCCUCAGUCUCUAUACCUGCCACUGUUCCAUCUCUUGUGGAGGAGUCAAUGGUUCCACCCUCUCCAUCCACCUCAGCUGUGGAAUUGUCCAAUGAAACACCUUCCAUGGUGGAAAUGGGUCCAUCUUCCAUUGAGGAACCCCCAGCUCCUCAUCUACCUUUAGUUGAGGAGCCUGUUAUACCUCCUUUUCUUAACCCAGUGGGGUCUCUGUCCCCACCACCACAAACACAAACCAAAGUGAAUGAGAAAGAGCUAAGGACACAGAUCAAAGAAGAACUGCAGAAGCUCCUGAAAGUGGAGAUAAAGAUGACUGAGCUCAAGAUUCGACAGCAGUUGGAGGAAGAGAAAGUUAAAGCUAAGGCCCAAGCUCAAGCUGCAGCCCGACUCCAGAUUCAGAAAGAGGUCCAGAAGGUUCUGGAAGAAGAGAAGGUGUCCUAUCAACAGACUCUAGCAGAUGCCAUCAGGAGAGAGCAGCUAAACAUUCAGGAUGAGCAUCUCAUAGCGCAGUAUUAUUGGAUGGAUAGAAAGGCUCAGAAGCUGGAAGAGAAGCAGAAAGAUCUGGAAAAGCAGGACGGUCUGUUCCAGGAUCAGAUUGCCAAAAUGCAAGAAAAGGCUGCACAGUUUACUAAAGUCACAUCUGAAAAUUACAAGAAAGGCUUAGAGGACACACACAACCGCUUCAGGAGAUACCAAAUAAAGCCAGUGUGUUCGGAUCUUCAGAGUCAGAUAUUGAAGUGUUAUGCAGAAAAUAAAGGCCAAACUUUGACCUGCUCUAACAUCGCCUCACUGUACAUUCAGUGUGUGGACCGUGCCAAACAGGAUAUAAAGUUGAGCACAGGAGGUUAACUCACCAGCAUACACAUCUGAUCUACAACCUCACGGUGAAACAAAGUGGAUCAUUACACAUACAAAUACCUCAAAAGUAGUUUUAGACCGUGAACUCUUGAACAGUUUUGUGAGCUAAAUGUGAAGGAAAACAUGUUCAUGGUUUAUUUGUGCAUUGUCAUUUAAAAAUACCUUUCGGCAACUGACAAUUUUACAGAUGCUUUGAAUAUGUAUAAUAAUAUUUUAGCAUCAGAGGCACGUUUAAUGUGGAUGAGAUUCCACUUAUAUAUAGGAGACCUUAAAUAUAUGUAUUCAACUCUUUAAAUUGUUCAGUGAAUGGUUGAAAUGAUAAAUCUACACAUUUAAAUCUUAAAGACCCUGUUCUGUGUGG